CCCGAGCGGGUCGGGGGGGAGGGAGCGAGGCUGAGCUGAUCCCACGUGUGACGAUCGCAUUCCCGGCUCAGUAAUAUUCUCUUAGCGGGGCUUCGCUUAGCUUCUGCUCUGUCUGUGUGUGUGUUUGUUAGUUACUGCCUAUAUAGUUGGGUUAGAAUAUGGAGGGAGACGGGAGCCAAGUAACCUCUGGAAGUCCAAAUGACUCGCAACACGACCCGGGUAAAAUGUUUAUCGGCGGCUUGAGCUGGCAGACUUCUCCAGAUAGCCUUAGAGACUAUUUUAACAAAUUUGGGGAAAUUAGAGAAUGCAUGGUAAUGCGAGAUCCUACAACAAAACGCUCCAGAGGUUUUGGGUUUGUCACGUUUGCCGACGCAGCCGGCGUCGAUAAAGUGUUAGCGCAGCCCCAUCACGAACUGGACUCCAAGACGAUUGACCCUAAAGUUGCCUUUCCCAGAAGAGCCCAACCCAAGAUGGUCACAAGAACAAAGAAAAUAUUUGUAGGCGGAUUAUCUGCAAACACAGUAGUGGAAGAUGUGAAGCAAUACUUCGAGCAGUUUGGGAAGGUAGAAGAUGCCAUGCUUAUGUUUGAUAAAACUACUAACAGGCAUAGAGGAUUUGGAUUCGUAACUUUCGAAAUAGAAGAUGUGGUGGAAAAAGUCUGUGAAAUUCAUUUUCAUGAAAUCAAUAAUAAAAUGGUAGAAUGUAAGAAGGCCCAGCCGAAAGAAGUGAUGUUCCCCCCGGGGACGAGGGGGCGUGCUAGGGGACUCCCCUACACCAUGGAUGCCUUCAUGCUCGGAAUGGGGAUGUUGAGUUACCCAAACAUUGUUGCAACAUACGGUCGUGGAUACACUGGAUUCGCCCCAAGCUACAGUUACCAGUUCCCUGCACUAUUACCAUAUUUAAAUGCAAGCUUCCCGGCGACGGCUUAUGGACCGGUGGCGGCUGCAGCGGUGGCAGCAGCACGAGGCUCAGGGUUCCCCGAUUAUGGUUUCUAUUCCUCGCCCAGCGAUCACCGGGGGGCCCCCUUCUCGUUCGCGGACUAUGCCUCCCUGGGGCCCCAGGCUGCUCAGAUGCUACAAAGUGAGCAUGCCGCUUCCGCCAGCAACUCUCCCCUCCACCACCUGCCCAGCCCGGAUCAGUUUAAGAACCCAGUCCUGAAUAGCUACACUGCUCAUCCGAAUUUUGGCGCCCCUGCUUCCCCGGCAGGCACCAACCACGUCCGGCCAGGCGGAUUCCCCGGCGCCAACAGUCCAGGGCCUGUCGCUGACCUCUAUGGUACCGCCAGCCAGGACUCUGGUGUUGGUAACUACAUAAGUGCUGCUAGCCCCCAGCCAGGAUCCGGCUUCGGGCACAGCAUUGCAGGUCCGUUGAUUGCGACAGCUUUUACAAACGGAUACCACUGAAACCUAACAAGUGGUUGGUUGCCAUCUCACUUUGAGCAGAGUAUAUCAGGAGGCCCGGGCAAGACGGGGAGAAGUUUCUAAUUGGUUCUGCAUACAGAUGAUGUCAUCAAACUUCAAGCACUACAGCAAACCAGUGGAGACGGGGAAACUGGAGGUGGCUGGCAGCGAGAACGACGUCAAAAUCAUCUCAUCAAAUCUGCUGUAGUGUAUUAUAAAGCUGGCUUUGUAUUUCUCUUUAAUGUAGAUGAAUCAUAUUACCAUGGUUUUUCCUUGUAGUAAUUUAAGUAGUGCUAGUGACGGAAGUAGCAUCAUAGUUUUGGUUUUAAGUUUUAUUUUUAUUAUUUUUUGUAUUUAUUAUUUUUUUUUUGGUGUAUCUUACUUUAAGCUUAUAGAUGUUAGAGCUUAACGAUGUUAUCGACUUACGCUGUUUUCUUUAUAUAUUGUUUUUGGGGCUUAAUGUGUUUUGAAACGGUUACAUUUAUUAUUUGAACUUUGGUACCAAUUCUUAAACUUUCAGGUGUCGUCUUUGCACACGUAAACACACUGAUACAGACGCUGGGGGGUGGAAACAAAUAGAUUAUUAUAUUCAAGUGAAAAAAGCGAGAGGGUUGUUGACUAACACACCUACGUAGUUCUGUUUGUUUGUUUUUUUUAAAUGUGACGUCUCGUUGUUAACCAUAACGAUCUAUUUUCGGCAAUAAGGAGAGGACUACAAUAUUUUCAUGGUCCUUUUUUUUCUAUAAGUGUUGUUUUGGUUGUUUAAAAAAAAAAAAAAAAGUGAUAUUACUUUGGUAAAUUGUGAAAAAAAAUAUAUAUAUAUAAAUAUCUAUACUGUAAAUAUUAUUCCAGUUAACUGCAUAUAAACUAUUAAGAAAAAAAAAAAAGAGAUGCAACAUAUUUUUGCGAUGGUGUAGGUCAACGGAUGUGCUUAGAGAGUCGAGCGGGUAAGAAAACAAAAGACGUUUUUUAAACGCUCUGAACCGUUAAUAAAAUCCAUUGUUAGCACAAAGGCCUGGACUGCCGCAUAAAGAAUUAGAAAAAAAAAAAAAAAAAAAAAAAACACUGUUAGCUUGCUUUGUAUAUACUUAAGGCCUAAUAACUGUACUAGCAUCAUACCAGCAUAUUAUCCGGUUGGAAAGCUCAGACGCGAAUGGACACGAGCGGUUACAGGUGAAGCUACACGCCAUAACUAACUCUGCUUGUUGGUGGGUUUUUUUUUUUUUUUAUUUAUUUUUUAUUGUUGUUAUUAUUAUUUUUAUUAUUAAACAAGUCGGUUUUUCAUUUCCCAGACUGAAAACUGCAAGAAGCUACAACUUCAAUAUAACAUUUAUUAAGCUACAUGAAUAAUAAUAUAAAGUCCAAAGCAGUUUUAUUUACUUAAAAAACAUGAAUUCAAAAAUAAACAGGUUCUUUUUUUAUGGUUGCUGUUCACACAUUUCAAGCGCUCGCUCUCUUUCUCUCGUCGUUGUGUACGUCCUCAAGCUUUUAUAUUUAAACUGUUUUUUCGCCAGUUUAUUUAAAUUAAAUAAAAAAUAGAAAGAAAACCAAUUCCUGUUUUCAGCAUAGUUAUAAAGGCAAUAUUUAAAGCUUGUUUAACUUAAUCCAUUAUGAAUCCUCUUUUGAACGAAUUAGGAACGCUAACCUUUUUAUACAAAUACCUCUGUGCUGUUAGUUUCACCAAGGAAGCGUUGUAAGAUUCAUUUAUUUUAGACACAAAAAUAAUAAAUAAUGCAUUAGUACAUAUGAGAAACAUCAUGGCACUGUGACUGGUAGGAAGAGCUGACAGUUUCCUAUUUGCACAUGUUUAAUGUCAGCUGUUGUCUUCGCUAGAGGGUGAACUAUGAAGGAUUAUUUUUCAUUAAAUCUGUCUUAUUUUUAUUUUGUUUUUUAUUAUAAGUAAAUACACCUGCAGAAGAAUAUACAUCUCGGUAGGAGACGUUAAACGAUAUGUAUAGUGCUGACGUCUUGGUUUUUGGAUAUAAUAUGCCUAGUUUUAAUAUUUUUUUAAUUGUUUAUAAAUGUUGGUAUUUUUGGUACAGCCCAUGUAAGACACUGAAUGCGAUGUUAAUAAACAGCUGCUGAGUUUGUUUUUUUAAUGGUAGGCUAACUUAGUUGUUGGUAGAGCAAAGGCGUCUCAAUCAAAGGGUCUUUUUUAAAGAAGAUAACUGACUGAUAGAUGGGUGCAGAUGCAGAUUUGUUUCCUGCUGGGUCUUUUUUCUUUAUUUUUUUUUUCUUUUGGAACAACCAGGUUAAGCGAAAUGCUGGACGCUUUUUAAAUAAUAAAUAAACAUGGAGACGUGAUCAAGUAAUAAUAAUUAAAAUUAAAUAUUAAUGAUAUUAUUAUUAUUAUUAUUAUUAUUAUUAUUAUUAUUAUUAUUACUACAAUAAUAAUAAUAAUAAUAAUAAUAAUAAUAAUAAUAAUAAUAAUAAUAAUAAUAAUAAUAAUAAUAAACUGUUCAUUCUGAUUUAAAAAAAAAAAAAAAAAGAAAAAAAAUUCCCUUGAGAUUUCAAUUUCUAGAAUCUGGGGAUUUUUAUUAAUAUUUUUGUGGUGGUUGAUGAAUAAUAUUAUUAAUACUAAUAAUUAUAAUAAUGUACUGUACAUCCAUCGAUUUCACUCUUUCCAUUCCCUGUCGCCUCAUCUAAUAAUCUUUUGUUGAUCAUCAAUGUAUUUCAAAUAGUGUGUAAAACAAAACCAAGUAAUCUUGUAAAGAGUGCUGUCUUGAUGCUUAUGUAGUGAUCGUUCCUCUCUUCCACGCUUUCUCUUCUCUGUCUCUUUAGUAAUUAGUGGUAGAUGUUACGUAAAUUAAGAUUUAAGAACUAGAUGUAGUCAUAGCAGAUUUAGGACCAGUAAGGACAGAACUUUCUCUUAUUAAUUUUAAAAGUAAAAAAAUUGCUAACAGUAAUUAUUUUAAUAGCAAUUUUCCUUUUUUUUAAAAAUUUUUUUGCUGAUCUCACAUGGUUUCAACUAACCAAAGCUCUGACAGAUGAAAUCUAAAAAUGCUGUAAGACUGAAGUAAAAAAAAAAAAGGCAUGAAUUGGAUCCCCUCUCCCUUGAAUGUUAAAAAAAAAAGGGGUGUGCCAUACUACCUUAAAUGCUAACGCUAGAUAUGAAACAAAACUUGUUUUAUUUUCAAUUAUUUUUUAACAGGGACACAAGCUAUAAUUAUGAAGAAAAAAAAAAAAAGAUGAUUUUAUUACGUAAAAAAAAAAAAAUCAUAUUUUUUUAGAAAGUUUAACAACGUUGAAUAAUAAUAAUUUAAAAUAAUAAUAAUUGUGUUAUAUGUUUUGAUGUUUGUACAAAUAAUAAUAAUAAUAAUAAUAAUAAUAAUAAUAAUAAUCCCAGUGGCCCACGCCACGACUAUUUUUGGAUACUGAGAUGUUUUGUUUACAUUAAUGAGUAAUUUAGUUCCCACUCAUCUAGAAACCUAAUUUUAAAGAUUUUGUGACUUGUUUUUGUACUCGAGAGGGUCUUCAUUUUAAAUCAAACAGGUGUCUUGAUCUUUUAGAGGUACCUGUGGUUGGAGGGCGAGGGUGGAGAGGAUGUUUUUGCAGGCACUACUUGCAUGAAUUAUUAAAAGUUCUUUCAAACUCUGAAAGAGUUCAACCCAACAACACGCAACAGCAGGAUCUCCUACAUUAACCGCGACCACUUCCCUUACACUAAUUCGAGUAAAGUCUCUGUUUGACUUGCUUUCAGCAGUGGGCAGCACAGACUCUAAUCCCUUUUUUUAUAACCAAGCACGCUGGGGCGUUUCAGUUAUCAGGAUAGCACGUUUUGUGAUCACAAGUUGUUUUCAUUGUUAAAAUAUUGUAUGCUUACCUUUUCAGUGCACUAUUUGUUCAUUUCAAAUUUGAGACGGCCGAGUCGCUUCCCCGUUGUUCCUCAUACAUUCUUCCCAGAGCGAUAUGAAGAUUCCUGUUUCCUGAACACUAUAAAACCAUGUUAAAUGUGACCAGAUUUAUAAUUUAAGAAUAAAAUGCCUUCAGACCUCUCCUCUCUCGUUUGAUUUAAAAUCAAGACCAGCUUGUCUUUAAAUAGUCCAUACCAUUUAUUUAUUUAUUUUUAAUAAUAAGAAGAAUAAUAAUUAUUUUUAAUUUUUUUUUUUUUUAAAUUUGAACCUGUAGCUUGGACUUUAAGGUAGCAUGGCUCUGUUGCUGUAAUUUUAUUUUUCAUUGUACAGCAGUUUACAGCUGAUGAAUGUUACACAUCUUGCUAGAUUAGUUAAUUCAUUGGAUAAUUGUUAGUAAAAUAACGACCUGAAAGGUGUUCCGUUGCAUUGCGGAAUGUAACUGCGGCAUCCGUUGAAACUUGAAUUUUGAGGCAAGUGCUAGGCUAUGGCCAGUCUACCGCUCUGUAAAACAAUAAACAGAAGCUUGGAGACUGCCUUUAUGGGAUCUAACAUACAUACACUGCAGAUGCUAAUGACCUGUGGGCUUCUGCCAGCGAGUGGAGCUGUUUAACACAGGUCUGACACGUGCUGCACACGUUCCUGAAUUCACACCCAAGCCCAAAGUCCUUCCUCACUUGGCUUUGACAGCGUGAAGAACCGCUCUGUUUGCGCCGAUCACUGCUACAUACUGACAACGGGAAAGGCUUUAAGUAACGACUUGGUUUUUGAAAUGGUUCAAACGGUUUCUCUCGAACCUGAACACUACACGCUGUCCUGCGCAAUAUUGAUGGAAGCGCUGUAAUAGCACAGCCCAGUCUCCUAAUGGUUUAUUUCACAAGUCGUAACGAAUGACUCUGUUAGCAGAUUGCCGUUUCAGAUUACGCACAAGAUGAAUUUUUAGUGUGAAGCUGACCUCCGCUUGAGGUCAUUCCCAUUCCAGUUGCCACAUUAAGAACUUUUUUUCUGAAGACUCCGUGUAAAAAUGUAAUCUGACGUACUAUAGUAGCAUAAAAACAGCAUAUUCAAAAACAGGAGAGACCGUUAUUUCCGGAGCUGCUGAUUUGAAUGUGGUUGCAGGGGGUACCUCGAGGCGUCGGGAAUUAGUGAAACUCUUCCAGUGUAUCCGAGUUUUAUUGCUUAUUCUUAGCACUUGCCCAUUUUUUAACGUUAAAGGACUUUUUAACUGAACUGACAUCUGAAAGCAUCUUUCAGGUCUUUCGUGUACGGCUUGCUGAAGCCCUGUUGUAAAAUAAACUAUGUGGAUGGGGGUCUCUCACAUCGCAGAUGUGGAAAGUAUAAUUUUAUAUUUGUAUUUUCAAAAAAUAAUAAUAAAAAAAUAACGUUUGUGAAAGGUUUCCAUCCUCUACUGUGGUCCAGAAAUCAAUGUGUUUGUCUGGGGAAAAAAAAUUCAAUCAAAUAAACUGUUUUGAA